AUGAAGUUUCUGUGUCUGCACGGAGCCUAUGGCAACAUUCCUACAUUCCGCGUUCAGCUGGGACCGAUGAUUGAGCUCCUUGAGUCUACUAGCUCAGCCUCAUUCGAGUUCAUCCAAGGCCGAGUGCCAGUGACACCCCCUCCAGGCUUUGAGUCUUACUUCGGUUCAGGACCACACUUUCGAUUCCUCAAAGACAAAGGAGAGGCAGAGGCCUCAGCAGUUGAGGGUAUCCGAGUGUUUCCCGAGGCUGACACGCCCGAGGAUGCAUUGAGACUACUCAUGCCCAAGGGCGAAACGACCGUCGGCUUUGCUGAAGCGAGGGAAGCUGCAUUGGAACAGCUCUACGAAGCACUCGAUGCUGAUCCUGAGAUUGGUGGAAUCAUCGGAUACAGUGAAGGCGCGGCUGCUGCAGCCACACUGAUUUACGAUGAGCAUGAGAGGGCGAAAUCUGAGGGGUACGUCCCGAGGAUCAAGGCUGCAAUCUUCUUCAUGGGUUGGCCCGCCAUCUCAGAAACUGGACCUGUCUUAUCGGAUGAAGUCGAGGACCUCCUUGAGGUCCAGUCUUUGCAUAUCGUUGGCGCCAAUGACCCGUACAAAGACGGUGCCCUUGCAUUGUAUAAUCUUUUCGAUGACAAUAUGGUUGUCUUCUUCGACAGUGCCGGCGGCCACACCAUUCCUCGCCAUGGUAAGUUGCUACAAGAAUUGGUACAAGCAGUGAGGGACUUAGUUUCCAAUAUCCCGGUCCACGAGCCAACCAUGGUAGCCAAGCGUCUGGAUUCUGCUGUCAAUAUUCCUGACCUGAGUGCACUGAAGUUGGCGGAAGAAUAG